AUGCAGCCCUCAGAUACCUUUGUGGGAUCGAUCGAUCAAGGCACAACGAGCACCAGAUUUUUGAUCUUCAAUCGCGAGGGCGACCCAGUAGCAUCACAUCAAGUCGAGUUCAGCCAAAUCUACCCGAGCCCGGGUUGGCACGAACAUGACCCUCUCGAGAUCGUAACCUCAGUAGAGACCUGCAUCGAAGAAGCCGUCCGGAACUUCGAAACACAAGGCCACACCCGAAGCAGCAUCCAAAGCAUCGGAAUAACCAACCAGCGCGAAACAACCAUAGUCUGGGACCACGAGACCGGCGAGCCCCUGUACAAUGCCAUUGUAUGGACAGACACACGCUCGCAGGCGAUCGUUGCAGAACUGAAACAGAAACCAGGGGCUGCGCAGCUCCAGACUCUCUGCGGUCUGCCGCUGUCAACCUACUCGUCGGCUACAAAGCUGCUCUGGAUGUUGGCGCAUGUCCCCAGAGUGAAGGAUGCAUUUGACCGCGGCACGCUGGCGUUUGGUACCGUCGAUGCUUGGCUGGUAUACCGUUUGAACGGUGGCGUGGCUGCCAACGUCUUUGUCUCGGAUUCAACAAACGCUUCGCGGACCAUGUUUGUGGACCUGGAGACGUUGCAGAUUGUGCCCUCGUCUGAUGCGACGGCGUAUGGGGUUGUUGCUUCUGGGGCGUUGGCGCGCGUUCCGAUUAUGGGAUGUCUGGGAGAUCAGUCUGCGGCGUUGGUUGGACAGAAAGGGUUCUCGCCUGGAAUGGCGAAGAACACUUACGGCACUGGAUGCUUUCUUUUGUACAAUGUUGGUGACAAGCCCGUGUUCUCGACACAUGGAUUACUGGCUACGGUGGCUUACCACUUUGGCGGGAAGCCUAUCUAUGCGCUUGAGGGAAGCAUUGCUGUUGCUGGGUCUGGAAUCAAAUUCUUGCAGAAUAACUUGAAUUUCUUCCAGGAGUCUAAGGAGGUCAAUGAACUUGCCUACUCGGUGGAAGACAAUGGUGGAUGUGUGUUUGUCACUGCCUUCAGUGGACUUUUCGCACCUUAUUGGAUUGAUGACGCGAAAGGAACAAUCUUUGGGAUCACCCAAUACACCCAAAAGGGCCAUAUCGCACGUGCCACUCUAGAGGCAACCUGCUUCCAAACUAAAGCCAUCCUAGAUGCAAUGGAGAAAGACAGCGGCCAUACACUCUCCGAACUGGCUGUAGACAGGGGUAUGAGCAACUCAGACUUGGCAAUGCAGACUCAAGCAGACCUGAUAUCUAUCCCUGUGUACCGCCCCAAGAUGCGUGAAACUACAGCUCUCGGCGCAGCAAUUGCAGCAGGCCUUGCUGUUGGACUGUGGCACAACUUUGCCGAACUACGCGAUAUCAAUCGUUCUGGUGGUGUGGUCUUCGAGCCCCAAGUCCCGCGACAAGAGAGUGCUGUUAAAUUCGGACAAUGGGAAAAGGCUGUGCAGAUGAGUAGAGGCUGGGUGGAAUCUAAGAACACAGAGCAAAAAGAAGUCGCUAGUCCCAAAAACGGCACAUAUGCACCGGCGAAGGAUCCUGGUCUACCUCCGUCUAAAGGAUUACCGAUCUCGGAUACUUCUUUGAUCUCAGAUGUGGUUAAGAGCUCAACAUACAUUGCAGCUGUCAAAGAGAGAGCUCAUGUCUCAGUCAAGGAGAUCGAAGCCACAUACCCACCUGUACGGAUGGGCGGUGUGCUAUGUGAUUUGGAUGAUGCAGAUGAAGAGGAUUUGUUCAUGGAGUUGCGGAAAGUGGAGAUUUUGCAAAGACUUAGGAAGCUACGGAAGCGACAGUCAAACUCCUACUAA